AUGGAAGAGGCUGGUGGAGGUGGGUUUUGGGGUGCUACCAGCGUUGGGUAUGGGGUAGGAGACUGCCGAAGCAAGAGGAGGGGUUGGGGGUGCCACCUCUGGAGUAGGAGGAUUUUGGGGGGCAUCGCUGGAGUAGGGGGUGGGGGACUGCCGGAGAAAGAGAUGGGGGUUGGGGGGACUGCCACAGAAACAGGGGAAAGGGAUUUGGGGGCAUCGGCUAGAGCAAGGGGUGGGGGUCAGGUGACUGCCAGAGUAAGAGGUGGGGGUUGGAGGCACCACUCUGGAGAAGGCGAAAGGGAUUUGGGGGGCAUCACUAGAGCAGGGGGUGGGGGUUGGGAAUGCCGUCGAAGUACGGGAAAGGAGUUGGAGGCCUCGUCGGAGCUGGGGAAAUGGGUUGGAUUCAAAGAGGAGAUAGAAAGUAGAUUAGAUGUUGGGGUAUUUUAG